CCAAAAAAUCGUUAUCGUGUAUACACAAUAAAUUUCGACUCUCGAAUACUGGCAUUCGGGCAUAAACGAACGUUUUUGGAAAAAUAAAUAAAUCGUAUAGGAGAGACACAGUUUACGUCUGCGUAUUGCGCAAUAUAGUCACAAAGAUAUCCGGUAAUGAGAUACGUGCGGGAUAAUAGAAGGCGUUCGUUAACGAACUCGACAACUACUUAAAUAAAAAUAAAACCGCGUCGUACGACCAAUGUGAAAUUGUUGUGUCAGUCUGUCGGUCACGCCGCCGUGCCGAGAAUCUUUUUGGUUUGUGACUGCGAAUUAACUUUCUUCGACAUCAUUUUUAUUUUAUUUUUUUUUUUCUAUUCUUUCCGUUCUAAUUGUACGAGGAAGUCUGUUGAAUAUCGACGAAUAGUUUUCGAGUACAGUUGAUGUUCGAUUAGAAAAUGGUGGGAUCUGAAGCGCCUACGUAUUCGGCAUGUCAGAUUGAUAACGAAAGGAGUAUAUCGAAUCGACCUGAACGUUAUACUUACCCUUUGAAACCUUUGGGAAAAUCAAAUGACGAGGAAACGAAAAUUUCGUCCGAAAAUUUUAACAAUAAUUACAGAUUUCAAACGAUGCAAGAUACAAUGAUGAACGUUUUUCCCAAAAAACAGGCUGUCGAUCUGAGUUUCGAAAAUAUCAGUUUCGUUUCGACGUCCUGGUCUAUAACUAAAUUUAAAAAAGAAUCGAAAAAAAUUCUUCACGGCGUCUCCGGGCAAUUUAAAGCUGGAGAAUUGUCGGUUAUUAUGGGACCUUCGGGUGCCGGAAAAAGUACUCUAUUAAAUGUUUUAGCAGGUUUUAUUACUAAAGGUAGUACCGGAACGGUGAAACUGAACGACGUCGUCCGCGAUAAUAGUCCGAGAUAUAGAAAGUUAUCGGCUUAUAUACCGCAGGAUGAACAACUUAGAAUGGCUUUGACUGCUAAGGAGGCCAUGACCUUUGCCGUUCAUCUAAAGCUGGGUUAUCUCGUUUCCAACGAAUACAAACUUAAACAGGUAUCGAAAGUUUUGCAAAUGUUGGGUCUGGAUUUGUGCCAACACACGUUAACUUCCAGAUUAUCUGGAGGACAAAGGAAACGACUCGCCGUAGCUUUGGAAUUACUCAGUAAUCCUCCGAUUUUAUUUCUCGACGAACCCACCACUGGUUUGGAUAGUUUGUCUUGCACUCAAUGCGUGUCGCUUUUCAAAAAUCUCGCUCUAGAAGGAAGAACCGUCAUAGCGACAAUUCAUCAACCUUCCGCGUUGCUUUUCGAAAUGUUCGACAAAGUAUACGCCCUAUCCGAAGGGAAGUGCAUAUACGAUGGUAGAUCGAACGAUUUGGUACCGUUUUUGGACAAAUUCAAUCUCAAUUGUCCGCCUUACCACAAUCCCGCCGAUUUUCUAAUCGAAGUAGCCAUUGAGGAACACGGUGCCGAUAUUAACAAACUUUCCGAAAUGGUCGAAUCCGAACACAAAAAUAUAUUUGAAAAUAACGAUUUUACAGAAACCGGAAAAUUGACGAAAUGCGAUUUAUUCGAAGAGAAAAAAAUCGGCAUAUACCCAGACGAUUCGAAAAUAGUACCGGCGGCGAUCGUUAUGCAAUUUUUACUGUUAUAUAAAAGGAAUCUUCUCACCAUAAAACGAUGUUACGUACCGGCGUUGAACAGAAUUCUGGCCCACAUAAUAAUCGGUUUAAUAUUCGGUUAUUUAUAUAGGAGCGUCGGCAAAGGGGCCAACACAAUAUUAGCCAAUUACGUAUAUUUAUACGGCACUUUAUUACUCACAGUUUAUACUGGAGAAAUGCCCGUUACUUUAUCAUUCCCCCUCGAAAUGAAAAUAUUAUCCAGGGAACAUUUCAACAGAUGGUAUAAAUUAACACCGUACCUGUUAUCUGUGAUAUUAGUAGAGAUACCUUUUCAAGUGAUAUGCACCUGGGUGUACGUAGGGAUAAGUUACUGGUUGACCGAACAACCCUUAGAUUUUAGGUUAAUACUGUUCGUUAUAUUCGUUACGGCGAGUUCUUUAUGCGCCCAAUCCAUGGGGUAUUUUAUUGGUUCGACUACUCCAGUCAAGGUAGCAGUAUUUACAGCACCAGUGAUAGCAUGUUUCUUAUCAGUUUUCGGUUUCUGUAUAAGAUCCUACGAUACGCCGUAUUUAUUCAAACCGGUAUUUUUUAUAAGUUAUUUCAGAGCCGCUUUUCAAAGUAUCGUUUAUACUAUGUACGGUUUAAACAGGAAUCAAUUGUAUUGUCCUUCCGAAGAGGAAUAUUGCCAUUACAAGGAUCCCGUUAAAUUUUUAUCGGAAAUGGAUAUGGUCGAUAUCGAUUUGGUUACAAACAUUAUCGUUAUCGUUGUCGUUUGGUCUUUCAUGCACGCCGGUACUUAUUUGACGUUGUGGUUGAGAUUGAAUAAAAGAUGAUGGGUGUUCCGGGAUGGUAUAUAUACCCAAUGUUGAACGACGUUUUUUUUUUAUUAAAGUAUUAUAAAAACUGUUUAACCAAAGAAAAAAAUCGAUUAUUGAAAAUUUUAUUUGGUGCGAUGUUUGGGUGAAUAAAAAAUUGUUUUCAGUGUAUUUUACUUUCUAUCUGUUUAUUUCGAUAACAUUAUGUUUUAUCGGAUUUAGUUUUUGACGCACUCGUUAGAAAAAAAAAUGCAUGGUAAUUAAAUUCGUCGCCAAAUAUUUCAAAGAAUGACAACAGAUUUUUGUUUUUUGCUCGAAAAUAGGGAAAAUAGAAGAAGAAACGUUUAAAAUAAUUGUGACUUUUCGAGCAAAUUUCUGCAAGUAUUUUUGUUUGUAUUUAUUAAUGUUUUUUCGUAGUGUAACUUUGCUAGUCAUUUCUAACUAAUACGGUGGAGAUUUGUACUGGAAUAAUAAAUAUUUAACAAAAGAAAA